UAGAUUUUAAAAAUUACUUCUCUUUACGCAUACGCAAAAUCCACUCUUUGGUUUUACACAAUUUAGCCAUAUUUUAUAGCACGACCGCCCCUCCUUUUCACGAAAUGGUUUAGUCUUGGCGUUGGGCUCGUUCAUUUCAACAAGAUUUUUUUUUUCAGUUAUUGUUUUUUAUUAUUUGUCAUAUAUAACUAAUUAGGCUCUUAUCGAUCAUUUUAUAUUGAGAACAUUGUUUAUAAAUGUAACUAAAUGCAAUAGUGUUUGGAGGAAAGAAUUGUCGACUGACUGGAUACACCCCCCACCCGAAUAGUUUCAACCUGCCACUUCCUUGUUUUUCAAAAGUUUAUUUUGAAAAAAAAAAAAAGUUGGUUGCGUUUUCGGCGUCCCUUUUCCCAAAACCCACUUGUUUAAUAGUCAGAGUCACUGUAUUAAUUAUUAACAAUUAAUUCAACGCAUGCAUAGCUUUGAUGGUUCAUGACAGUAGCGAGCUCGCAGUUUGAUCGAGGCAGAAUGUUGUCGGCCACCGCUGCCAGCGUCGAGGAUUUCAGCCUCAGGUUUCCACUGCAUGCCCUAGUGUGGGAGAAUGACUACAGGAAGCUGGAAGAAGAGAUACAGACGAGUAACAUUGAAGAGGUGGAUCCCAGGGGCCGGACGCCUCUACACCUGGCCGUCUCUCUAGGACACCUGGAGUCAGUGAGAGUGCUGCUCCGACACGGCGCAGACGUUUCCAAAGAGAACGACAAAAAUUGGACAGUGCUGCAGGAAGCAGUCAGCACAGGAGAUCCAGAGAUGGUGCAGCUGGUGCUCCAGAGACGAGAUUACCUUAAAGCCUCCACCGCGCUGGGUGGUGUUCCUGAGUUACUGUGCAAGAUCCGAGAGUCUCCAGAUUUCUACAUGGAGAUGAAGUGGGAGUUCACUAGCUGGAUUCCUCUCGUAUCGCGUGUGUGUCCCAGCGACGUGUGCAGAAUCUGGAAGAGUGGGGCCUUUCUGAGGGUGGAUAUCACCCUGCUGGGCUUUGAAAACAUGACCUGGAUCAGAGGAAGAAGAAGUUAUAUCUUUAGAGGAGAAGAUAACUCGACUGAGCUGAUGGAAGUUAAUCACGAGGAUGAGGUGGUGGACACUGAGCGCUUCGAUCUCUCUCGUGAGAUGGAGGACGUCACACUGGACUCCAUGCAGCCCGCCGAACAAGAAGUAGCUAAGAGGCUAACAACACCCAUUGUCAACACGUAUCUGGACACAAAGAACAUUGCAUUUGAGAGGUCUAAAUCCGGUAUCUGGGGAUGGAGGUCAGACAGAACAGAAGUAGUAAAUGGAUUUGAAGCCAAGGUUUUUUCAGUGAACAAUGUGAACGUUGUGAUUCGCACCAGGACGGAGCACCUCACAGACGAGGAGAAGGCCAGGAUAAAAAGCGAAAGGAAUGUUCUGGAGUCUUUACUCGGGACAGUAGAGCAACAGAUCGGUGCUCAAGGGGACAUGACUAUGGAGUAUGCCACUGCCACAAACCCCACAGCUAUUACUCCAGAGGAGUACUUUAACCCCAACUUUGACCUGCAGGGCAGAGACAUCGGUCGGCCCAUUGAGCUCACCAUCAGAACACAAAAGUUUAAAGGCACCCUGUGGAUGAGUGAAGAGCAUCCUCUGUCUCUGGUGGAGCAGGUCACUCCCAUCAUUGACCUGAUGGCUCGCACCAGCACUCACUUUGCCCGACUCAGGGAUUUCAUCAACCUCAGAUUUCCCCCUGGCUUCCCUGUGAAGAUCGAAAUCCCUCUGUUUCAUGUGUUGAAUGCCCGCAUCACAUUUGGAAAUGUCAACAAGUGCAGUACAGAUGAACCUUUGGAGUCCAACCAAUCAGCUUCUACACCCACACCUACAGAAGAGAAGUGUGACAGCCAGGCUUCAGGAUCUGCUCCAUUCAAGGUAUGUCCAUCUGUGUUCGUGGCACCUUCACACUAUCAUCACCGAGGAGGCUACCGCCAAUCCAACACACGCCAUUACACCCCAGCCAGUCACGAUGAAGAGCUGCUCCAGUAUGCCAUUCACCAGAGUCUGCUCGAGUCCGGCACACUCAAUUCACAGGACACUUGGAGUGAUUCUGAUGGACAGGCAACACAAUCCACGAUGAAUCAGUUGAGCGAUGGGUCUGGGUCUGAAGGAGUUUUAGUAGACCUUAGUGACACCACGCCCUCAAGCCCUGGCUCCACCUCCAGCCCCGACUCUGAGCUGCGAUUGGCUCUAGAGCUCUCGACCCGGGCACAGGAGGAGGAGGAAAGGAGAAGGAAGGAGGAAGAAGAGGAAUUACAGAGGAUUUUACAACUCUCCUUAACAGAAAAGUGACAGUAAGAUGAGGGAAGGAAAGAAAAAGGGAGUUCCUGUUAUUGCCAUAAGCAUUAAACCUUUUUAUUUAUACUCCUCUUCAGAUUCAGUGCAGUUCUCUGUCGCCACUGAUAUACGACUACACAUAGUUACAUAUCACAACAUCCGAACGUUUCUGCUGCUUUAUCGUUAAACAAUAAGCAAACAUGCAGUUUCAUGAUCAUUCAUACAUUUGACAGCAUUUUCAGACUUUCUUUUCCUACUUUCAAAAAGGUGAUCAUGCAUGUAUUUUACAGGAAACCCAGUGCUGCUUUUUGAAGAUUACAUGGUAGAAAGGUUGUGACAUCCUGACAGUAAUGACUAAAUAAUAUCAGCGUUUGUUUUGACGCAAAAGAAGGUUGUUUUGCAUUAACUUUAGCUUUAGGUUUAUAUUAAUACUUCGUCUCAGGGUUACACUGAUGUUCACCAGUUGUCAGUUCCUUAAACCAUUUUAUAAUCGCAGCCAAGGAAAGUGAAAGAACUUAAUGUUUUACACGAAGGCAGAAGGACAGUACCAUUUUCAGCCCAAUGUGCUUUUGUCAUUAAACCGCUUCUGACUGAAGCAUCUCUACCGUAAAGGCAAUAAAUCACACCGCCGUGCCUCGCCGGAGAAAGAGGCACUCAAACAGACUGGGAUAUUUCUGAAAAGGCCUGUCCGAUGUAAGCCGAUACGCUUCAAGCUUUUAGUCUGCCUAAUCAAUAAAACCGCUUAGAUCACCAUGAGUAUGUUGUAAUGCAAAGAAUGAAUGUGGCCGUAUUGGGUCACUUUUCUGGCACCAAGCAAACCUCAUGCUACACUAAACGCCAAGGGGAAUGUGUGAUGAAAAGAGAAAAGCAGCUGUUUUUGUCUGAGGGAAUGUGUGUGGUUGGACAGCAUUGUUUGCUGAAUGAGGUUCUGAAGUGGUAAAUGUGGGAGAACCUGCCCUGCUCUGUUUGGGAAUCUUUAGGGAAUCUCACGCUGUUCCUUCCUGUUGUAGCUGCCAGUGCUAUUUAUUUUGUCAACGUGUUUUUUUUAUUUUUUAUGUGUUGUCGACUUCUUUCUGUAAGUGUUUCAAGCCUUGUGUGUCUCCAAAGACGUCUGAGUAUUGACUUACAUCUUGCAGUAUCUCUCACUACUUUUUGUAUGAAGCUUGAACCGAUUUUAACCAUAUCUCCUGGCACCUCAUUAUAUGUCAUAAAUGGACAUUUAUAUACUGCUUUACUGUUCUUGUAGCGAACCAGAAUCGGAGGAUAGGGGCAGCCACAGUCUCAAGGUUAUAAUCGCAAUGUUUUAUAUUAACAGGACAUUGAUUUUAGUUUCCUGUAUUAUUCUCAUGCUGCAUUUAAAUAACGGGAAGUUUAUGAAAUCGGAUGUUCUGGCUACGGUUAUCCACAUAUCAUGAUUCCUGGACACAGUUCUGUUUCAUUCUUUAUUUAAAUCCUAAUUUAAGUCUUCACUCGAACUAAUUGCCAAAAGGUUUAAUGGUCUCUAUCGGAUCAGGGUUAGUGUUGCUUUGAUUCUCUGUGAAUUGUGAUGUUGCAAAAUGCAAGAGAAAGUAUCAUUAAGUAUAAUAAGCAUGUUGAAGAAAUCCUGAAGGCAUUUGUAAACUGUGAUGUAUAUUUGACACACACACAAACAUUUUUUUUUUACUUUAAUAAAAGCACUUUAUUUA